UUAUGAAUCCCAGCACAGCCCGCAGCCUGACUCCUCCCCCUCACACGUGACCGAUCACAUGGUCAUGACCUCAUCAAAGGUCCUUUAGCCACUAGGAUCCAGCAUCUCGCUUGUACAUUCGCCGCCUCCAGUUCCAUGUUACUUCCUGCUGCCGCUGUCCCGGGGAUCCUCACCCCCCGGUCCGGGAGCAGCGCCGGGGAGGAUCCGCCUCCUGCCGCCGCCUGUAGAUCGCUGUGAGGAGCAGAGCCGUCCCCGGUUAUGGGGCUCCCCGUCCCCUCCAAGUUGUCUGACUAGGAUCCCCCAUCACCCCGGGGCCCCCGCACCCUGAGGUCGCUGUGUAUCUCCUCUAUAGAGGAUAGUAGUGUAUCUCUUGUAGUAUACAGUGCACAUAGAGGGGGUGUCACCUGUGCCCCCUCCACUCACCUGCCUUCUCCAUAUACUGAGAGAUCAAGAAAUAUUCCCAAAUCUGGGGACAAUCUGGAUUAUCAGAGGCGUCCAUGUCUGAUCCGGCCAUUAUACUACCCAAUGGUCAUCACCGCGUCCACUGACUGAGCCCGUGUGACCGCCACCAUGGAACUGGAAAAUAUUGUGGCCAACACCGUCCUGCUGAAAGCCCGGGAAGGUGGUGGUGGCAAAAGGAAAGGAAGAAGUAAAAAGUGGAAGGAAAUCCUAAAGUUCCCACAUAUCAGCCAGUGUGAAGAACUCCGCAGGCAGCUGGACAGGGAGUACACCAGCAUUUGUGAAAAACAGCCAAUAGGACGCCUACUUUUUCGCCAAUUCUGUGAAACAAGGGAACAUCUUCUCAAAAUAAUCCUCCUCCUCGAUGCAGUGUCAAAUUAUGAAUUGUGCCCAGAUGAGAAGAGGAAAGAGACAGGAGAGGAGAUCAUCAAUAGGUUCUUUACCUCAAAGUCUCCCGAUUAUGUGCCAGAAAUCCCGGAUUCGCAAAUGGAAGAAUGUAUAUUGAACUUUGAAAAGAACCCCUGCAAGGAUAUCUUCAGCAGUUGUAUCAGCCUGCUCCAUGAGUUCCUGCGGGGGUCUCCUUUCAGAGAGUACCAGGAGAGUAUGUACUUUGAUCGCUUCCUACAGUGGAAAAGCCUUGAAAGACUAACCGUUACAAAGGAUACUUUCAGGCAGUACCGGGUGCUAGGAAAAGGCGGUUUCGGGGAGGUGUGCGCUUGCCAAGUCCGUGCCACAGGGAAGAUGUAUGCAUGUAAAAAGCUGGAAAAGAAGAGGAUCAAGAAAAGGAAAGGGGAAUCCAUGGCUUUAAAUGAGAAGCAGAUCCUGGAAAAAGUGAACAGCCGCUUUGUGGUGAACCUGGCGUAUUCGUAUGAAACUAAAGAUGCUUUAUGCCUGGUGCUCACCAUCAUGAAUGGCGGAGACCUCAAGUUCCACAUCUACAAUAUGGGCAAUCCCGGCUUCGAGGAGGAGCGCGUGGUCUUCUAUGCUGCUGAGAUCUGUUGUGGACUAGAGCACCUGCACCAGGAGGGCAUAGUGUACAGGGAUUUGAAACCAGAAAAUCUUCUUUUAGAUGAUGAUGGUCACAUCCGUAUCUCAGAUUUGGGGUUGGCUAUCAAAAUUCCAGAUGGCGAGAGUAUCCGCGGGAGAGUAGGAACUGUGGGUUACAUGGCUCCCGAAGUCAUCAAGAAUGAGAGAUACACAUUUAGCCCUGACUGGUGGGGGCUGGGCUGCAUCAUAUACGAGAUGACCGAGGGGCAGUCUCCGUUCCGUGCCCGAAAGGAACGGGUAAAAAGGGAAGAGGUGGAAAAAAGAGUUCAAGAAGAACAAGAGUCGUAUUCUGAUAAGUUCACAGAAGACACAAAGUCUAUAUGUAAGAUGCUAUUAGCCAAAGACCCAAAGCAGAGGCUGGGGUGCAGUGACCAAGGUGCAAGCCAAGUGAAGCAGCAUCCGUUUCUCAGGAACAUCAACUUCAAGAGGCUGGAAGCUGGAGUCAUAAAGCCGUCCUUUGUGCCAGAUCCCCGGGCCGUGUAUUGUAAGGAUGUGCUGGAUAUUGAGCAGUUUUCGACGGUAAAAGGUGUCAAUUUGGACAAGACGGACAAUGAUUUCUAUGCCAAGUUUGCCACUGGUUGUGUGCCAAUCCCCUGGCAGAAUGAGAUGAUUGAGACUGAAUGCUUCAAGGACCUCAACAUCUUUGGACCAAAUGGGACGCGCUCCCCAGAUCUGGACUGGAGGCAGCUUCCCGAACCGCCAAAACGUAGCCUGCUCCAAAGGAUCUUCCGAAGACAUCAGGCUGACUAUGGUAUCACCCCGAAUGACUCCUCCCUUUCAAACGCCAACACCACAAACCACCACUUCCAAAGCAGGACGGCGACGGCCGACGUGUCAUCUUGACGGACUUUUCUAAGAACCUUUCCCCGAGCUGGUUUUUACCCAGAAGCCAUCCAAUAAGCCUCCUUUUCCUCCGUCCUACCCAUCUUUUUCUCAGGUUUAGCCUUGGACUCUGUGCAAAACUUUUUACAGAAAUAAAAAAAAUAUAUAUAUAAAUAUAUAUAUAUAUAAAUAUAUAUUUUAGGUCUUUUAAGACCAAACAGACUCAUGGGGAAAUUUAUAUUACUGCUUCCAGCAGUGGUGAGAUCUCCGUUUUUUUUUAUUUUUUCUUCUCAUUCUGGGCAGAUCACUGCUGAACUGUUUUAUGCUAAGCUUAUGGAAAUAUACAAGCUGUUUCUUUUUUUGUUUCUUUUUUGGUUUUUUGUUCUUGUUUUAAUAUUUUUUUUAAUGUUCUGUAUCCUUUUUUUAUUGACUCUGUAAUGAAUUGUAUAGAAGAACAGGAUGAGUGGGAAGCCGUCCUGUCCGUAUUCUCAUGAAAUGUGCGGAAAUGAGAGAUUUUCCUAUUACUAUGUAACAUUGUAUUCUUUUUCAGUUGCCUCUUUUUACCAGUGUUUUAUUAUUGGUCAUUAUUACAAAGUACUAUUGGGAUCCUGUCUCUUGCCCACAGUGGGGGUCGGCUACUUCUGUAAGCGGAACUUACGGUUUGUUGCCAGGCCCCCUCCUCCAGUGCUAGUGCAUGUGAAGCAAGAUUUGGGAGAUAGGGGAGGGGCCUAAGCUGCUUUGACCUCAAUACAACUCUGUCUGCAAUGUCGACCAGGCAAGGAAACCCCCUUAUUGCCAAAUUGAAUGCUAAAGGGGGCUAGGAAAAGCUGGUCUUUAGUUGUGUCUACCAUGUUCUUGUUUGUCAUCAAAAUUUCCCCCCCCAAUUCCAGUGUUUUCCAUCUAGUGUGCCUCCAGCUGUUGCAAAUCUACAACUCCCAGCAUGCCGGGAGUUGUAGUUUUGCAACAGCUGGAGGCACACUGGUUGGAAAACACUACCCUGUACAUUCAUGUACUGUACCUUUAAAUCUUUAAAGGGAG